ACAAAAAAGACAAGAUCGAUGAGGCUCUUGUGAACAUGAUUGUCCAAGACUCACAGCCUUUUACCAUUGUGGAGGAUGUUGGCUACAUCUGUGACUUUAACUUCGGAUAUGUGGACAUCAAUUAAUAUGGAUUCUUAUUUAGCUGUUACUUGCCACUUCAUUGACAGUAAAGAACAACUUGCUAUGGUGUUGCUGGGAGUAGGAAAAUUUCUUGCUUCACAUACAGCAGCAAACAUUGCUGCAGUGAAGACAUCUCUUAUUGAGGAAUGUGGGAUUCAGUCUAAAAUUAGAUGUCUUGUCACUGAUGCAGCUGCUAAUAUGAUAGCAUUUGCCAACAAUUUACAGCUGAAGCAUACCAUUUGCAUAGCUCAUGCUCUAAACCUUGUUGUAAAAAAUCUAUUGACUUCACAGGGCUUGAAGAAAUCAGGAGCAAGGCAAGGAAGAUUGUUGCUUAUUUUAGAUCAAGCACUGUUACAAAGGAGCAACUUGUCAAUUUCCAGCUACAGAUGGGCAAACCUGCUCAUAAAUUACAGCCGGAAGUAGAGACGUGCUGGAACAGCACAUUUGACAUUUGACUUGAUGAACAGCGUGAACCAGUUGGUGUUGCACUGGUGUCCCUGAGGACAAAUUUGGCUCCUCUAUCCUCAGCAGAGUACCACACAAUGUCUGAGUGCCUUAGUGUAUUGUCUCCACUAAAGAAUGCAACUGCUGAACUUUCUGCAGAAAAAACUGUGUCUGGCUCCAAGGUCAUUCCCCUCAUUCACACGUUGAGGCAUGCUAUAUCCACAAAGCAGCAAAUGAUGACUGAUGAGGAAGGCAGUACAGCUUUGCGCCAACCUCUUAACACUAAUGUCUGAGAGGUUGGCUCAUUAUGAAACAGCAAGCCAAUUGACCCUUGCCAUGCUCCUGGAUCCACGUUUUAAAACCAUUGGGUUUUGCAAUCCAUCCAAUACCCAGAAUGCUAUAAAAAGACUUACAGCUGAGUGUGCAACAAAGGUAAGGGAAACAGCAUCUGACCCCAUACCAGAGCAUGGGGAAACCUCUACAGCAGCUGCAUGCACCUCAGGGACAGGACUGUGGGAUCUUCUUGAUCAACGGGUGAUGGAAACAAGAAAGGUGAAGAGUGCCACUGCAAAUGCAACCAUUGAGGUUCAGCACUACCUGAGUGAAUCCAACAUCCCCCGCUCUGAAAAUCCACUUCAGUAUUGGCACAAGCACAAGCACAUUUACCCCCAUUUAUACAUGCUGGCCCUGGGCUUUUUGUGUUUUCCUGCCUCUUCUGUGCCCUGUGAAUGGGUAUUUUCUAAGGCUGGUGAAGUGGUCAGCAAGAAGAGAAACCGGCUCAGGCCCAGCACUGUGGAGAAAAUCUUGUUCCUAAAUAAAAAUCUAACCACAAGUUACCCAUAAAUCACUACAAUUAAGUCCCCCAAGUUUAUAGCAACAUUAAUUUUGAAUCACUAUGUAUGCAUUUCUUUGGACACCUGAUUGCUGACUGCUGAUUGUUAAUAAAACAUGACAUAAAGCACAAA